GCUCCGUGUCGCGUCGAGUCCCGCGCGCUCAUUCAAUAGAGACACGCAGAGAGACGUAGACACAUACACACAGAUAGAGAUACACACACAGAUAGAGAUACACACACCGAGACAGACAUACGGACAGGGACGUAUACGAAGAUACACGCAGUGAGAUGCAAAAAUACACACAGAUUCAGGGAUAUACAUAGCCACAUAGAGACACACAGAAACGUAUACAGAGAUACAUAGACGCGUAUAGAAACGCGCAGAGAGAGACCCACAGAGGUAGACGGAGAAACACAAGACAGAUUACGUCUACACACACACAGUCUACACACACACAAAGUCUACACACACACAAAGUCUACACACACACAAAGUCUACACACACACAGUCUACACACACACAGUCUACACACGCACACAAAGUCUACACACACACAAAGUCCACGACACACACACAGUCUACGAGACACACAAAGUCUACACACACACAAAGUCUACACACACAAAGUCUACACACACACACACACAAAGUCCACGACAUACACACAGUCUACUAGACACACAAAGUCUACACACACACAAAGUCUACGAGACACAAACUGCAGGUGGCGCACGGGACGCGGGGGAUGCCGCCACUGCUGCCCGCAGGAGGAGCUCGGAGCUGAAGGAUCGGAGCCGGCUACGAGGCACCGCGAAGAGAACGCCGACGCGCGUGGAGGGAGGUAGGAGCGGCCCGCCAUGUCCACCCACGACCUCUCCGCCUGCUCCUCCUUCUUCUGCUGGGACCCCGAGAUGGGGGGCUCCCUCGCGGGGGCCCCCCUCCAGCAGCAUCAGAGCACGGCGCUGAGCGAGGACAUUUGGGACAAGUUCCAGCUGCUGCCAACUCCUCCGCGCUCCCCCAGCCGGGACGCCGACUCCUCGCAUCACCAGCACCAGCAGCAGCACCGCCAUCAGCAGCAGCAGCAGCUGGAUGAGCAUGAGGUGGAGGAGGCGUGGGGGGGGCUCGUGGAUACAACGUGGGGGUGCGAGGAGCAGGCCGAGGAGCUGGGGGAGAAAGCGGGGGGCCGCCCCCCCGUGGUUUUGCGAGACUGCAUGUGGAGCGGCGGGGCUGCCAAGUGGCGGCUGGAAGCGUUCGUUUCGGAGCGCCUCGCCGCGCUGUGGGACAGCUGCGUGCUCAGGGCGGCGUCCGGGGGGGGCGAUGCGGGGGGUGAGCAGCUGCAGGGGGGAGGGGCCCCCGGAGCAGAGCUCCUCCUCGGCGGGGUGCCGCCGCAGCAGCAGUGGAGCCGGGGCCCCGCGUCUCCCCACCGCGAGAGGCGCGGGAGGAGGAAGACGGCGUCGGAGGGCGAGAGCGACUUGAGUAGCGAAUCUGACAGCGAGGGAGGGGGACGCGAGGGCAACGACGGCGAUGACGACGACGAUGCUGACGAGGACAACGAGGACAACGAGGACAACGAGGAGGAGGGAGAGGAGGAGGAGGAGAUCGACGUAGUCACGGUGCGUGCGCCUCGACCGACCGGAGCUCGGCACCGCCCCGCUCUCCCCACCUCGUCCACCUCGUCCACCUCGUCAUCCCUGCACCGCCAGCAGCACAACUACGCGGCGGCCUCCCCGCGCGAAGGCCCGAGGGGCGCCCCGCGGCCCCGCAGGCCUGCGGCCCCGCACGGGGACACGGAGCCCGGGGCCCGCGCCGCCUCGGGCAGGUCUCCGGGCGCCGCCUCCGACUCGGACGAGCCGUGCGAGCGACGGCGCGCGCACAACAUCCUGGAGCGGAGGCGCCGCGACGACCUGCGGCAGAGCUUCGCGGCGCUGCGGGCGCAGCUGCCCGAGCUCGCGUCCCGCGCCGCCAAGGUGCACAUCCUGGAGCGGGCGGCCGAGACGGCGCGCGAGUUGGGCGCCCGCGAGCGCCGCCUGCGAGCCGAGCGAGGGCGACUCCGCGCGCGGCUCCACGCGCUGCGAGGCCGCGUGCGGGAGCUGAGCGGGCGACCCCAC